CUACUACAUACGUACAUAUUUUGAACAACGAAGCACCAUUUACCGCAGCAAGUGUGAGACGGUGCCCCGAUCUCAGUGCUUUUCCCUCUCGCUCUCAUCCUACACAGUAGAGACGGCUCCAAGUCCCCGGAUGGCCUGCCGAUAUCCUUUUUCCCCUGCCAAAGUCGCGAUCACGCGUUUCUUCUACCCAUCACCCCUCUCUCGCUCUACUACGCCCCUAUUUUGCCCGCCAUCAUGCCGAAUUCGGGUAGGCAACACUAGCCGCAUGCUUACUAGCUCUAGCUCUGUUGCUUCAGAGGAUCCAAAGUCAGAAAUGGCGAAAUUUCUGGCAAGUCCGAACCCGAAGAGCUCCGCGUCAGAACCUGGACCAAGUCCUCAUGAUGUGUUAUCAGCGCCAACUUCAGCUGGUCACAUUUCAGAGGCUGAAGAAACACUGUCAGAUCAACUGAGAAAUCCUGGCUCAUCGUCAUCUUCAUCUCCUUCACAAUCUUCAACAAAUAACCUCUCCAGCAAAAAUGCUCCGUUCAAACUCUCCUCAACAUAUUCCUUACCCUCGAACAUCUCUGUUCCGCCAGAGGUUCGUGAACACUUGAUAGAAUGGAGCAAGAAUGUACUAGAACAUUCGCGUUACGUCAUACAAGAAGCACAGAAGAAGUUUGUGGGGUUAGGAUUGAAAGUUAACGAGAUGACAGGGUAUCAGGAGGUGGAACGACUGAAAUAUAUGGUAUUCGAAAAAGAGGACGAGCUUCAAAGGUUGCGUGAACAUGCUCGAACCGCCAAGGCUGCUUAUGAUGAAGCUGUUGCUGCUCGUUCGGAAGCUCAACGCGAAACCAACAUUCUGCUGGAACGCAAACAUUCUUGGACCGAUGCCGAUGUCUCUAAGUUCACUUCUCUUGUCCGCUCUGAUCAUACCUCCUCCCAUGCCGUGGCCUCGACAUCUAUCGCCCUCAAAGAUGCCGAGAUUGCUGUCGACAAAUCUUUCUCUCAACUCAUGCAGGUUAUUUUACAACGGUAUCACGAAGAGCAAGUUUGGAGUGACAAGAUCAGGAGCGUCAGUACGUGGGCAAAUGUAGCUGGUCUCGCUAUCAACUUCAUUAUAUUCGUCGGCGCGGUACUUUUGGUGGAACCAUGGAAACGUAAGCGGCUGGUGGAAAAACUGGAGGAGAGGGUGGCGUCUAUGAUGGAAAGGGUGGACCACAGAUUAGAAGGGGUAGAGGGUCAUUUGGAAAGAGUAGCAGCUGGCUCUGCUUCAGCCAGUGCUAUAAAAGAGCAGCAUUCUGAUGCUGCCAUUCAAGGAGUGGAAGAUAUGCCGUCAAACUCAACAGCCAAUCCAUUAGAAUUUGUUUCUCCCCAAACCAUUCCUUUGAUGGCUGCGGUCGAUCCGACAAUAAACGGAUCAGAAUCGCAAAGCGAUCCUUUCUUUACUCAGACCAUACGAGGAUUUCCCAACUAUCUAGAUCCCUUAGUCAAACCUUCUCAGAAACGAGACUUGGCGGUAGCGGGAAUGGCAGGGGCUGUUGCCGCUUGGAUAUUGAUAGGAGCAGUGAGGUUAGUACGGGCAUAAUUUAUAGUGACCACAUGAUAUUCAGCGGAUAGAAAAAAUACAUAUGACGGAGUUUAUGCACUACGAACCCCAGAUAAGUCUCUCCAUUCCUCGAAA